AUGGCUAUGGUUUUGCUUUUAUUAUUACUGUUCAAAACUCAUACAUGCGAAGAUUCCCUUCAAUAUUUUUUUGAAGAAGUCAAUGAAGUUGCCAAGAAGUUUAAUGGCAUGGCUGCAGAUAUAGCUUGGCAAUCUUCUCUUGAUCCUGGCAAGCCAGGCUUGGCAGAAAUGGCAUCGGAUUAUCAAAAGAAAAGAAUCUUUUGGCAACAGAAAGUAUGCCAGAGGCUGGCACAUUGGCAUGAACGUUAUUCUCAUACUUUAAAUUCGAACCAGGAAAGACAAGCGUAUCUACUAUGUAAAGGACCAAAUUUUACGUUUAGUGAAGUUAGGGAAAUGAGUGAUCUAUAUGAGGAGCUACAAUUCAUAUAUUCUGACGUAGAAAUAUGUAUACCCAAUACUUCAAAUUCGGAAAACGUAACGGCAAUUGAAGAUGCAGUAAUUAAAUUGAUAGCUGAUAUUGAGAAAUAUAUUAUAACAGAGCACAAAUCGGUUGUUUUCGGAAUUAAAAAAGAAGGAGCAUGUGUUAAAGGGGAAAGAGAUUUUCAAAAGAUUAUGGAACACUCGAGAAAUGUUAGUGUAUUGGAAUGGUUUUGGCUAGUUUGGAGAGAAAAGAUCAAGUCUAUGAAGGAACCAUAUGAUAAACUAGUGCAAUUGGAGAAUAUAGCUGCUAGAAGAAACGGCUACUCUGACAUUGGAGCUUCUUGGCGAGAUGAUCUUGAAAUACCUAACUUGAGACAGCUUACUUUUCAUUUAUAUGAAAGCAUUAAGCCAUUGUACACCCUUCUUCAUAGUGUUAUCAGGUUUUAUCUUCGGCAACAUUAUGGGGCUAUUGUACCUGAAACGGGACCUAUACCAGCACAUUUGUUAGGUGAUCUGUGGGCACAAAAUUGGGAGCCAUUGGCUGAUUUGAUGCUACCAAAAACAAUAAAUUUAGAUCAUCGUAUCAGUCAUCUGAACUGGACAGUAAUAGAUAUGGUUAAAAAAGCUGAAGAUUUCUAUGUAUCACUUGGUUUGCCGCUAAUGACAAAUAAAUUCUGGAAGAAAUCUGUAUUUAAGCGGGAAAAUAGGACAGACGCGCGCUGUCACGGCAGUGCGGCGGACAUGUUUAAACCGGAUGACUUUAGGCUUCUAUAUUGUUCAGAAUGUACAUUCAAAGAUUUUUAUGUGAUACAUCAUGAAAUGGGUCACAUACAAUAUUAUAUGGCUUAUGAAAACCAGCCAGGAUUAUUUAGGCAAGCAAACUCAUUUUUACAUGAAGCUAUUGGGGACACCAUCAUGCAAGCUGUCAUGACACCACAACAUCUACAUAGACUUCGUAUAAUCAAUGACUCUGAACUAUUCAAUACAAAUUCUAACAAAGAUAUAAACUAUAUAGAAAAGAUAAUUAAAAAUGGUGCAGAAUUUUCUAAAUUAGAUAUUUUUGAUACAAAAACUGAUAGCAAAGUGUUAAAUGAACGAAGUAGUAACUUUGAAGAUCCUGACAAAAUAACUAUAGACGAAAUAUUAAUCUUUAAACAAGCUUUAAAUAAAUUACCACAAAUACCAUUUGCGUAUAUCAUAGAUGAAUAUAGAUGGAGAUAUUUCGAGGGUAGUUUAGAUAAAGAUUAUUUGAAUCAGGAAUUUUGGGCAAUGGCUAUGAAAUUUCAAGGGAUUUCACCCCCCAAUGAAAGAGGUGAAGAAUAUUUUGAUAUUGGGGCGAAGUUUCAUGUAUCAGAUAAUACUCCUUUUGUAAGAUAUUUUCUAAGCAGUUUCUUCCAGCAUCAGUUAUUUGAGAAUCUUUGUAAAGCAGCAGUCUUCGGCCAUCGUAAUAUAAAAGAUCCAUUACCUAUCUCCAUGUAUCUAAAUAGAUGUGAUAUUUACGGGUCUAAGACAGCUGGGAAGAUUUUGAAGGAUCUAAUGUCACGUGGACAUUCCCAACCCUGGCAGAAAAUACUUCAAGAGACGAUCGGAGAAAAUAAUAUAUCUGCAUCUGCUUUGAAACGUUAUUAUCGUCCGCUUUAUCAAAUUUUAAUGAAACUUGCAGAUAAAUAUAAAAUACCUAUUGGAUGG